AUGUUUAGGAAAACGACUGUGCCGACAAUCUCUAAUGGCAGCUACCUGGAGGAACAAUCAAAUGGCAGGUUGGUCUCUGUGUGCAACACCAAAGCAGUGCAGGGAGACAAAGUGGUCCUGAAGAAGAAAAUCACUUUUCUGAGAGGGGUAUCUAUUAUAAUUGGCACCAUCAUUGGAGCAGGAAUAUUCAUCUCUCCCAAAGGAAUACUUGAGAACACAGGCAGUGUGGGAAUGUCCUUGACUGUCUGGACUGUCUGCGGCAUCCUUUCACUCUUUGGUGCUCUCUGUUAUGCUGAACUGGGAACAAGUAUUAAGAAAUCUGGAGGGCACUAUACAUACAUCCUGGAAGCCUUUGGCCCAUUGCCUGCAUUUGUAAGAGUCUGGGUGGAGCUCCUCAUCAUACGCCCGGCUGCCACCUCAGUGAUAUCCCUGGCAUUUGGACGCUACAUUCUGGAACCAUUGUUUAUGCAGUGUGAAAUCCCAGACCUUGCUGUUAAACUUAUUACAGCUGUGGCCAUCACGCUUGUAAUGGUCCUGAAUAGCAUGAGUGUCAGCUGGAGUGCCCGCAUCCAGAUUUUCCUCACCUUUUGCAAGCUCGUAGCAAUUUUGAUAAUUAUAGUCCCUGGAGUUAUGCAGCUAAUUAAAGGUGAAACACAGCACUUUAAAGAUGCAUUUGUGGGAAAUGCAGCCAGUGUCAAGGGAUUACCUCUUGCUUUUUAUUCAGGAAUGUAUGCCUACUCAGGCUGGUUUUACCUCAAUUUUGUUACUGAAGAGGUAGAGAACCCUGAAAGAAAUAUACCACUUGCCAUUUGCACUUCAAUGGUUAUUGUCACAGUUGGCUAUGUGUUAACAAAUGUGGCCUAUUUUACAACAAUCAGCCCUGAAGAUCUGCUAAUGUCCAAGGCAGUAGCAGUGACUUUUUCUGAACGUUUACUAGGAAGUUUUUCUUUAGCUGUUCCCAUUUUUGUUGCACUCUCUUGCUUUGGGUCAAUGAAUGGUGGUAUUUUUGCUGUCUCCAGGAUGUUCUACGUUGCAUCCCGUGAGGGUCACCUUCCAGAAAUUCUCUCCAUGAUUCAUGUCCGCAAGCACACUCCUCUGCCAGCUGUCAUUGUUUUGCACCCUCUGACUAUGAUUAUGCUCUUCACAAGUGAUAUCUACAGUCUCUUGAAUUUUCUCAGUUUUGCCAGGUGGCUUUUUAUUGGAUUGGCAGUUGCUGGGAUGAUUUACCUCCGAUACAAACGCCCUGAUAUGCCUCGUCCUUUCAAGGUGCCGCUCUUUAUUCCUGCGCUGUUUUCCUUCACCUGCCUCUUCAUGGUUGCACUGUCACUUUAUGCUGACCCUGUCAAUACUGGCAUUGGCUUUGCAAUAACACUGACUGGUGUCCCUGCUUACUACCUCUUUAUCAUAUGGGACAAGAAGCCAAGGUGGUUUAGGCGACUCUUGGGAUGGAUAACUUCAUCUUUGCAAAUAAUCUUGGAAGUUGUUCCUGAAGAGGACAAGGAGAUAUCCUGA